AGAAAAGUUGUCAACCAUGCCGGAACCAUCAGGACAGAAGUCUGCACCCAAGAAGGGCUCCAAGAAAGCCGUGACCAAAGCCGGUCCCAAGGGCACCAAGAAGAGGCGAAAGAGCAGGAAGGAGAGCUAUGCCAUCUACGUGUACAAGGUGCUGAAGCAGGUGCACCCCGACACCGGCGUCUCCUCCAAGGCCAUGAACAUCAUGAACUCGUUCGUCAACGACAUCUUCGAGCGUAUCGCGUCCGAGGCUUCUCGCCUGGCUCACUACAACAAGCGUUCUACCAUCACGUCCCGGGAGAUCCAGACCGCGGUUCGCCUGCUCCUGCCCGGCGAACUGGCCAAGCACGCCGUGUCUGAGGGAACCAAGGCCGUGACCAAGUACACCAGCUCCAAGUAAACUGUGGACACCAGUUUAAAAACCCAACGGCUCUUUUCAGAGCCACCUAUCUGUUCUUUAAGUCUACUCCUCCUCAAAAAUAACAUUCUUUAAUGUAUUAUAACAUAAUAUAUUUUUACUUUUAAGAAGUUUAUACUAAAGGUAAAACUGGUCUUGUUAUAAAUAGUGAAUUACCUUGUUAAUUAAGUGAGCUGCCCUCACAAGACUACAAUGUUACUGCAGGUGGGCACAACGCCAUGACAGUUGAAGUUGUUGUGACAGCAGGUAAUUUAAACAUGCAGCAGUAGUGUGACACAGGGUGUGGUCGCUCAGUGGUUAAGACUGGUACGUCACGUGCAGAAGAUAUCAUCGUCACGAGUUGUGAGUCGCUUUGGACAAAAGCGUCUGCCAUGUGACAUGUAAUAUGACACUUUAUUUUGUACCCACAGUCAGCUGUAGGUAGGCUUAAUGUUUCAUGUUUUGAUUUUAAUUAAUUUUUCAUUACUUAGAAGCUGAGGUGACUGAAACUAGUUUCCCUUUGCACAAUCACUAAUUAAGCAAAAAACACUCUUGAAACCCACCGUGUAUUUUAGUUGUUUCUAUAAAGUGUAUAAACUAUAAAA